CAUAGUGUAAAUCAUAGUUGUGCUUAUCUAUACGCACAUACACCGUAAAGCGGAUAAUAGAUGUGCGGACUCAUGCUUCGGGUUACUUUCUUUUUCACCGCCGUACUGAAAGUGAGCAUCGUGAGUGUGUAGUGUGAUAAUAAUGAGUAGCGUAUAUACAGUACGAAGGCAGCGUUAAUAAUUUGUGUAAGCGUUGUUGAUGUAAAAGAAAAUAAUAUCCAUGUCGAAGAAAUGAUCCAGUGAGGUUAGGAGAUGCGUGCAUUUUCCCCCGGAUCCAUGCCGUAUUCACACAGAAGCCAAUCCAGAUAUUAUAUGGACUCGUAUCGUCUACACUAAGAUGGCUGCCGCCAGGUUACCUCCAGUAGUUCUCGAAGUGGUCUUUUCUUAUUUAGACAUAUCUGACUUGCGAUAUUGUUCGUUAGUCUGCAAAAGCUGGUACAGAUUUCUUAACGAUGAAAACAAUGACGUUUGGAGGUUUCAUUGUGUGAGAAAAUUAGCAGAAGAUGCACUUAAAUCGGAUGUUUUAUCUAAUGUACCUACUUACAAAGCUAAAUUACGAGCAUUUUAUCACGCGUGGAACCCUAAUGAUUGCUCGCGAAACAUUUAUGUAAAACACAAUGGAUUUACAUUACAUCGGAACCCUAUUGCACAGAGUACGGACGGAGCCCGGGGUAAGAUCGGGUUUCGAACUGGGCGACACUGCUGGGAGGUAUGGUGGGAAGGUCCCCUCGGAACUGUGGCUGUGAUCGGACUUGCUACGAAAGAAGCUCCUAUGCAGUGUCAUGGAUAUGUUUCUUUAUUAGGUAGCGAUGACCAAAGCUGGGGAUGGAAUCUCGUGGACAAUCUAUUAUUACAUAAUGGUGACAGUCAAGGAAACUAUCCUUUGUUAAAUAAUGCUCCGAAAUAUCAGGUUGGCGAAAGAAUACGAGUUAUAUUGGACUGUGAAGAUAAUACAUUAGCCUUUGAAAAAAAUUAUGAAUUCCUAGGUGUUGCUUUCCGUGGCCUGCCAAAUACUCCCCUAUAUCCUGCAGUUUCUGCUGUAUAUGGUAAAACAGAAGUAUCUAUGGUAUAUUUAGGGCCACCUCUUGAUGGCUGACCAUUCCCAAAUGAACUAUAAAUAAAAAUGGACUUAAAACAAUUACUAGUUGAUUAAAUCUCCUUCCAUGAAGUUCCAGUCCACAGUUGGCAGCUCUGGUGCAAUAUGAUGUCUACAUUAGUUCCAUUCACUAUGAACAGCUACAUACAACCAUAUAACAUCAUUGCAAAUGCUGGUGGCCCAGGAAUUUUGCUGUUGGAACUAAAGGACGAUAAUAAUGAUGAGAUACAGUUUCUGUUGUUGGUUUUUCUUUUUUUUUUAUUUACUCCCACUCUCCACCACUCAGCAGGAAUCUGUUUGAACUUCUUGAAGCGAUGAUAUUUCCAUAACAAUUUCCAUUUUUUUCUUUUUUUUUUACUUAUUUAUUUAAGAUUUUAUUUUGUUUUGUCAUUUUUUUUUCUCAUUCCUGAAAGUUGAAAAGAAACCUGAGUGUGGGUGUGUGUCUGAUUUAAUGUCAUCAUCAUGAGUUAAAUUUUGUUUUGUUUUUAAUGAUUAUAAGAAAUUUAUUUACAUCUAUUUUUUUAUUUCAUGUUUUUUUUAAUCCAUUUAUUUAUUAACCAACUCACAAAAAGAAAACACGUAAGAAAUGCAACAAAAUAUUUAUUAGGGAGACACACUAAAUUAUAAUACUAGGAAGCCUAAAUCUCUCCUUCUCCCCCUCUCUCUUCUCUCUCUCUCUCUCUCUCUCUCUCAAUCUUUAUCUCUGUUCAGAAAAUUAAUUUGUCACCUUAAUUCCACAGAACCCUGUCUAUUUGUUACUUAAAGGUCAACAACUAAUAAAUGUUCAUUAUUAAAAUAGAUCAACAAAGAAGAGGUUUAAAGAGACCUCUGAAUAAACCUUUGGUCUCACUUUCAUAUAACUAUUAUAAUUGUUUCAUUAUUUCAACAUUUCCUGCAUUCCAUGCAAAUGUCUUCUUCAAUAGAACAAUUAUGCAAUGCUGGUCUUCAUCCUAUUUGCAUAGAGUCUCUGCAUGUGUUUGUGUAUUUGUUUGUGCAUGCAAGCAUGCAUGUGCAUUUGUGUGUGUGUGUGUGUGUGCAUUUAUGUAUGUGUGAUGUUCACAGAUUUUUAACUGGUUGCCUUUUUCAUUAAAUGACUUUGAUCUGAAUGACCAUCCUCUAUUCAGCAUUAACGUGUAUUUUUAAACUGCUAGAGAGCAAAAAUGAACACACAAAGAAAGAAAAAGAACAGCAAAAAGAAAGAAAAAAAGAUGCAAAUAACCCUUUGACUUCUACUUCAACUAUCUGCUCAAAAUCUGUAUUAAACUUUAAAGUAAUAUCACUCAUAUCAAUAUUCAUUCCCUGUCAAUCCUUCAGUCAAUCAACACAAGUCUGAUUGCUCUUCAGCAACAUCCAAGUGACACAUUAUUUCCAUCUUUCCUUUUAUCUACCACUAAUCUAUAAACUUCUUAAAUAACAACAAAAGCAACAACAACAAAAAAUACAAAACAUGCACUAGAAAAUUAGUAAUAUUAAAGAAAAAAUAUUUAUACCUUA